AAUGUUGAUUGCUGAAUUUAUUUUUAAUUUAAAUGUUGCAUAUUACUAAGAAGGGAAUAUGGUUGUUGACAGAAAACAAAUUGCAAAGAACCUUAUAUUGAAAUCACAUGGACUUGAAAUUCUUUCAACUCUAAUUCUAAUUUUAACCCUAAUAUUUCCAGAUUUAUAAACUUAAAAGUAGGACAGCACACUUCAAAAUUUAAUUUUUCUAUUAUUUCUUGUUCAUAAAAUAAAUAUAGAUAGAAUAGUAACAGUUUAUGAAACAGCUAUAAAUUUAAGUAAGAAGUUUUCUUCAUAUUUAACUUUGGUUAAGUUAUUGUUGUUUUUUUUUAUGUUGUUCAUAUAUUUGCUUGUUUGUGGUAUUGGGUAGGAAAAUAUAAUAAAAAUAACCCAGAAAAUUGGCUUAAUAGAGCAGAAAUUUAGGAGGAUAGUUGGGAUUAAUAAUUUUUAGUUUCAUUUUAUUAUGCUUGUGUAACUAUGUUUACUGUUGGGUAUGGAGAUUUAACACCUAAAACCCAGAUAGAAAGAGUCGUAACUAUUCUAUUUAUUAUAUUAUCAAGCGUGUAGUUACCAUAUUCAGUUAAUACUGUAGGAAAUAUUAUAUAGCAAAUAUCAGUUUAUGGUGAAGAGAAAAAAAAAAAUUAAGAACUAUUAAUUCUUAUAUGUAAAGAAAAAAUGUUCCUUUUACAUUAUAGAACUAAAUUAGAUAAUACUUAGAUUAUUUUUGGUAAUUAUAAGCUAGUGAAGAAAGUGAAGAUGAAAAACAAAUUAUACAAUAAUUACCUGAAAACUUAAGAGAUACUUUAAUGAUUAAGGCUAAUCAUUCCUUCUUUAAUAAAGUCUCUUUAUUCAAGGAUAACUUUUCUAUAGCAUUUAAACAAAAACUACUAAAAAAAAUUAAUCAUAUCGUAGUUUAAAUUCUUGAAGAUUCAAAUGAAAAACCUAAUACUCCUUCUUUAUUUUAUAUUGAAGAAGGUACGAUAGAGGUCUAUAUAAAUCAAAAACUGCAAUAGUGUAUCAGAUAAGUUAAUAAAUAACAAGUAUUGGAAAUAGAUAAUUUUAUUAUUGGCACAACAUCAACUGAAAUUUUUAAAAGUAUUGGUCUCUCUAAAUUAUUAAUUCUUGAUAGAAAUGAUUUUAUGAGUGUUAUAAGUUAAUUUCCAGAGGAUUUUGAAACUUUUUGUAGAUUGAAAGAUGAUUUAAUAUUUAAUUAAGAUCUUUAGCUAUUUGAAUAUAAGUGUAUCGUUUGUGGAAUGAACAGUCACAAGGUUAUUAAUUGUGCUUUUAUUCAUUAUGCCCCCUAAAAAGAUUUUAUAAUUAGAAAAUUCAAUUACCUCAAAAUACAAAAAAGAAGAAAUCAUCUUAGAGCUUCUAAACGCUCUGAAUUAAAUUUCUUAAAGAAAUAAAUUUCAAUAAUAACUUAUAAAAUAGUAACAUCAAAUGAAGCAUAGAAUAAAUAAUAAUAAAAAUCUCUUACUUAAUCAAAAAAUUCUCUGGUUAAUCCUCAAGGUCAAAUCACCACUUUAUCAAAACCACUUAAAGAUUUUACAGAAAUGUAGUCAUAAAGGUCGGUUGAUUAAGGAGAAAAAUUUAUCUUAAAUUACAAUCGUCUAGGAAUAAUUAUAACAAUUAAAAACUUAACUAAAAUUUAAAUACCAAAACAAUUUUUAUAAAUGCUGUCAGAAAAGUAAAGGCUAUUUAAAGAUGGUUUAGUAAAAAGGAUUUAAGCAUGA